AUGUCGUCCCCAAGUCCUGGACCCCUUUCCAGCGCACAAUCCCUUCUAAACUCGCUUCCGGGCGCCCGAAGAGUCAGCACUAAUAACUUUGUCGGACUGUCAGGUGUGGGUCAGAGCGCGGGUCAAGCGACCGGUCCCCUCACACCCCCUCUGUCCCAACACUCACAACACUCUCCCAACUCUUUUUUGGCGAACUUCUCGUCCCGUCUCAUCACAAACAAGACCCGUCUGCCCGACCUCCUGGACCUCACGUCCGGCUCCACCCUCUCCAACCUCAACAACAACUCCAAUCUCUUAGGCUUUAGGAAUUCGAUGCAUACGUUCGGAGUUGUGGGCGGCUCUGUCGGGGGCCCACCGGCGCCCUCACUAGACAUGACUGAGUUCCCAACACUGGGCGGCAGCAACUCUAGCAGUCUCGGGCUGAACAACAACCCUCCGGGUCGACCGCCAUAUGUAGGUAUGGUUAAGGACAACGUGACCACCAAUUCCUCAUCCAAUGAGUUCAACAUUCAAAGUGAAGACUUCCCGGCACUGCCCGGAUCUAACCCUAACCUCCAUUUCGGAGGCAGUCAUAACGAAAACUCUUCGCUGAGCAGUGCGUCGACUGUCAUGUCUUUGGGCGCCAAUAACAUGACAGGAAUGGGUCAUCACUCGGGUCUCAUCAACAAUAGCGGUGCCGGCGAUGCGAACAUUAAAUUCAAGAGAGGCAUACAGACCAACAAAGAGGGUCGUGUGACCAACAUUCCCAUUGGUAUGGUUACCGACCAGUUCGGAAUGGUUGGCCUCUUGACGUUCAUUAGAGCCGCGGAAUCGGACCAAAGUUUAGUGUCGUUGGCUUUGGGCACAGAUCUCACGACACUCGGACUUAAUCUCAACUCUAAUGAACCGUUGUAUCAAACAUUUGCCGGUCCCUGGAGUGACCAACCCCUCAAACCACCGGAAAUUGACUACCCGGUGCCCACCGAAUACCUGAUUAACGCCUCUAUUAGGGAUAAGUUAGCGCCACUCAAACUGAACCGGUAUGGGGACGACCUGUUAUUCUUUUUGUUCUAUAUGUAUGCGGGAGAUAUCAUACAAAUAUUAGCCGCCAGUGAAUUAUAUGUGAGAGACUGGAGAUAUCAUAAGGACGAACGCAUUUGGAUAACGAGAGCGCCGGGAAUGUUGCCGUCAGACAAACAGCAGACGUACGAAAGGGGGACCUAUUAUUUCUUCGAUCCGCAUAACUGGCGAAAAGUUGCCAAAGAGUUUCAUUUAGAGUACGAGCGCCUGGAGAACAGGCCGGCCGCUGCAGCCUUUUCCAGUGCACCCCUCAGCUCAUGAACACUAUUGUCUAAAUUCAAUCAAUCAUUAAAUGUUUCGAUAAAUAAAAUUAACUUUUUUUAAUUUUAACUCUAA